UCUUCGUAGUUUUCCAUCACUAACGUCAAGGUCCAGCAAGUGUUUGACAACAAGUGCACUCACUGUUCUCUCCUCUGUUUCCUAGGUCAAGUCCAACCAAACUCCCCUGUCUCUCUCACUCUUCCUCGUUCUCUCCGACCCAUCUCUUACCAAUUACCAUUGUUUACUUCUCCUUUCAACACUCAUCAAUCUCUCUCUCUCUCUGGUUUUGGAUUCUUCUCACCCCAAAACAAGUUCCUUUCUGAUGGGUUCCAUCUCGCACGUGAUCACCACCAAUCCUACUCUCCCUCACCUACCCUUUACACGUUCCACCGCACUACGCUUUUCGUGCUUCAAUCCCCGCUUCCUCCGGUUGCCACCCACCGGAGUCGCCGGGAAAGUCGGUGUCUUUGCGGAGGUGAGCAGCCCGAGUCGCACCACUUCCGCCAUUGAUUUCAGCGACCCAGAUUGGAAAACAAAGUUCCAGCAAGAUUGGAAGGCUCGUUUCAGACUUCCCCAUCUCACCGACAUCUUCCCAGAUGCUCCUCCCAUUCCUUCCACCUUUUGUCUCAAAAUGAGAACUUCGAUUGAUAGAGACUUUCCUGGUCAUUAUUCUUCGGAUGAGGAUUGGCAUGGAUAUAUUAAUAAUAAUGACAGAGUGCUUCUUAAGACUAUAUACUAUUCGUCACCAACAUCUGCUGGUGCUGAGUGCCUUGAUCCUGAUUGUACGUGGGUGGAACAAUGGGUCCAUCGAGCUGGGCCUCGGGAAAAGAUAUACUAUAAACCAGAAGAAGUAAAGGCAGCAAUUAUUACUUGUGGAGGGCUCUGCCCUGGUCUUAACGAUGUCAUUAGACAGAUUGUAAUCACCCUUGAAAUAUAUGGCGUGAAAAACAUUGUGGGGAUUCCCUUUGGCUAUCGAGGAUUUUCCGACAAAGAAUUGACUGAAGUACCGUUAUCGAGAAGAGUAGUGCAGAAUAUUCAUCUUUCUGGUGGAAGCCUGUUGGGAGUCUCACGAGGAGGUCCUGCAGUCAGUGAUAUUGUGGACAGUUUGGAGGAACGAGGGAUCAACAUGCUUUUUGUAUUGGGUGGAAAUGGUACACAUGCUGGUGCAAAUGCAAUUCACCUCGAGUGCUGCAAAAGACGGUUGAAGGUAUCUGUAAUAGGCGUGCCCAAAACUAUUGACAAUGAUAUUUUAUUGAUGGAUAAAACUUUUGGCUUUGAUACUGCUGUUGAAGAAGCACAAAGGGCAAUAAAUUCUGCAUACAUUGAGGCACAUAGUGCAUAUCAUGGAAUUGGGGUUGUGAAAUUGAUGGGCCGUAGCAGUGGAUUCAUAGCAAUGCAGGCUUCCUUGUCUAGUGGACAGGUCGAUAUAUGCUUGAUUCCUGAGGUACCGUUCAAUUUUCAUGGACCUCGUGGAGUAUUGAGUCAUCUCAAGUUCCUUUUAGAAACGAAGGGAUCAGCUGUUGUCUGUGUGGCAGAGGGAGCUGGACAGAAUUUACUCCAAAAGACAAAUGCUACAGAUGCAUCAGGAAAUGUUGUAUUUGGAGAUAUUGGAGUAUAUAUUCAACAAGAGACAAAAAAGUAUUUCAAGGAAAUUGGUAUUCAUGCUGAUGUAAAAUACAUUGAUCCAACGUACAUGAUCCGUGCAAUUCGGGCAAAUGCAUCAGAUGGAAUUCUAUGCACUGUACUUGGACAAAAUGCUGUUCAUGGUGCGUUUGCAGGAUAUAGUGGUAUUACAGUAGGCUUAUGUAACACUCACUAUGCUUACUUUCCCAUCCCCGAAGUGAUAUCUCAUCCUAGGCUGGUGGACCCCAACAGUCGAAUGUGGCAUCGUUGCUUAACUUCAACAGGUCAACCUGACUUCAUAUAAUAAUUUACACUUUUUUUUCCCAAUAAAUUCAAGAGGCUGGGAAAUUCAGGUUUCCAAAGGGCUUAUCAUAGGAAAGACAAAGACAACUUCAAAACAUGUGGUUAUUUGUUGAACAGUAACAUGAGAAAAUAAUACUAAGGAUGCCAUUUCCUCUUAAUUGAAAAACUGGUUAUUUGUAUAGUAUGGCAGUUUCAAGUCCUGCCAGUUGCAUUCAAAUUAAAUUUUAGUGUGGAAUCACCAAGCACUCAUCAAUUUGUAAGUGGUAUCAUUGUUUAAUCGAUUUUAGGGGGCACAUUUUUAAUGAGAGAGUACUUUGGCAGAUGAACUGUAAUGUUUUUCAAAUUCACUCCUAACGUUCACCGUUGUUUGAAUCCUUGAAUCCAUACAAUUCUUGGACUGAUAUUUGUUA